AUGAAUGAAACAACUGCACCUUCAAUUUGUUGGUUACCAGUGGAAGUCUUUCAUCACAUUUUUGAUUUUCUUGAUUAUAUGAAAGACAUUUGCAGAGAUCCAUAUUUGAGUUGGUGGAUCGCUCCGAGUGAGGAGAUGGAUCAUUUACUGCAAUGUCCCACUAUUGAAACUUUUGAAUCGGAAUGUCGAACACUGGCAUCGGUAGAUUUCUCUCUCCUUCUUACUUGCUCUGUUUUUAAAGAAUCCAUUGAAUCUUACAAGCCAAAGAAUUUAUUAAUGAGAUUAUAUCACUCACCUCAUACAACAACUUUCAAACACUGGUAUUAUUUAGAAGAAGUUCAAUACCGUACUUUAAAAACAAGAAAACUCUAUCGUUUUCUUGAAGACAAUUAUCAUCACAAUUAUUUAAUUUUGGAUUCAAACAAGUAUAUCAAGUAUCUGUAUAAAUUCGUUAAGAGGCGGAACAAGAUCAAUCGUUAUGCUUUCUUCAAUGUAGAGCAUGUUGGAAUGUUUUUUGAUUUGGGUAAAAAUUACACCUGUGAAACAUUUCCAUCCACUUCAUUAGAUUUGUCAUUGAUCGUUCAAUUGUUUCCUGGAUUGAAAUUCAUGACCUGCUAUGUAUAUGGAAUGUCAUAUUAUUUUUCAUCGCCACUACCAAAGGGAAUGAAAGCCAAUUUUGUCAAAUAUGACGGUUCUCGGUUUUUGUAUCAGUAUUUUGGAAUGAUCAAACAAGUUCACACUUCGUGUUGGAUUGUAACGAUAAAUGACAUACCACGUCAUUAUCAUCAUGUGGAAAUAUUAAUUUUCAUUCUUCUCAUGCACGGAAAAUAUUCAGAAGCAAUUCAAUUCAUUGAAAAAUAUAAUACAUUGAACCAAGAUUAUUUUUCGUACUUGUGGAAUAUCAUUAUGCAUCACGAAGUUUUUCACAGAACUCACACGAAUAUUGCAGAGCUCAUUCACUUUGUGUUACAACUCAAGAAAAGGUUUAAGCGCAUUUCAAUUACGAAAUUUGAGAUUAAUACCAUUUCUGAUUUUGAAAUUGUUGAGAAGUUAAAUUUUACCGAACAUAUUCAUGUGAUGAAGUGUUUGACUUAUCAAUUUUUGAAAGAAGUGAGCAACAACAACAAUAAGAGUCUACUUACAUCAAUGAUUGACAGAUAUGGAGUUCCUUACGGCUACUUUGGAUUGUCUCUAUUGCACUGUAACUCGCAAUGGAUGAUUGAAUUUAUUCAAAAUCAAAUUCCUGAUUAUGAUUUUAACAGUACAGCUCGUUGUGAGCUUGGUGUCCCCUUUACCAUGCAAAUAGUGCCAUUGUUGAAAAUAUGUGUCAAUUAUGAAACCAUUGCAUUAGAUCCCUUUCAACUAGACAUUGACGGAAACAAUUUGUUACACUAUCUUUGUUUGUGUUAUACUCACGGUAUUCGAUCUCUCAUACCUACAGUGAGUGAUCAAAAUUUCACCGAACUCAUGAAGCAAAAAAACAAAUUUGGCUUAACACCAUCUGUUGUCUCUGCUCUCUGUCAUGGUGUAACCAAUCGAGAUCCAGCCGAAUUGUCGUGUGAAAUUACAAUGGAAGUUGUUAAGCGAGGUUGGAAAAUUCCUAAAAAUUAUAUUGGACUGAAACUAACACCUUCACAGAUAGCAAACUUGCAAUGCAGAAACGGUAGUUAUGGUGUUGUUCAUGAUGAGCACUAUACAGACAUUGACUAUAGAGAUGAAAAUGGAAAACAUCCAUGCCAUUACAUUACAAAAUACUACCAUUAUUGCCUGAAAAUAGGAUACCAUCGAGCAUGUACCUACCAAUAA